CACAAACAGCGCCUGCACCCUGGCGCUUGACAGCCACAACAUGAGUGCCGGCGAAGGCGCUGCGGAGCCCGCCCGGCUCCGGCUGGAUUAAUUUGCUGCUCGUCCCCCGGACCCUGAAGGAGGAGGAUCUCUCGGCUUUUUUUGGGGGGGGAGGUGGCUGUUUGUUUUGGGGACAUUGCAAGGCAACAAGCGGAGAGGAGGGAGUUUGGGGGCCCUGGAAGAGACUUGCAGCGCUGGCCCCGAUCCCUGCUGCGCACAGCUCCCCAGAACUCAAGUGGAGGCACCCAAAGGCACCCGGCAGCGGCAAAGAUUUUAAUAUUGGCCGAUCCUGGCCAAGUACAAAGGAUCCUGAUGGGGGACUCAGGAUCAAGGCGUUCAAUCAUUGUGUCCCGGUUGCCAAUAUUCAGGAGAAGUAUUAGCCGAAGGCGCGACUCCCUUCCAUCAUCGCCCACUUCCAACAGCACCACUGGUGUCCACAGCUCUUCUCCCUCCAGCACCAAUUCCAGCUCAGGUAGCACAGGCAAACGCAGGAGCCUGUUCCGCACCCCUUCAAUUAGCUUCCACCACAAGAAAGGGAGCGAACAGAAGGCUGAAUCUCUGAACCAAAAUGCAGCCAUUUCCAACGGUGCUCAGUCCAACCACAACACUUUGCAAAAGCUUGGUUUGGAGGAGCAUGUGAAAAGCCGGGGGAGGCAUUCUGUUGGCUUUGGAAGUUCUCGAAGCAAGAAGAUAACAAGGUCUGUGACGGAGGACUUUGAAAAGGGGAGGGAACAUUCAGCCAAUAAGAAUGUCUUCAUAAAUUGCAUUCGGUCUGGGAAAAAUGAAGGGGACGAUUCUGGAUUUACAGAGGAGCAAAGCAGGUCCUCUGUCAAACAUUCCUCAAGGAAACUUCUUCCCAAAUCCUUCUCCACACACUACAAGUUAUCAAAACCAGUUCCUCAAAGCCAGUCAGUUUUGUGUGUCCAACCGUCUUCUUGCCUGCUGGAUAUUAAACCCAGUGUUGAAAGUGAACCCCGAUCUGUUAGGUCUUCUCCAUCAUGUUCUCCUGAGGUUGUAGAAUGUGUAGGCAGCUCUUUGCAGUCACCGAUGCUUUCCGCUGACGUGACCAUGGUGCAGACGCCUUCUGAGUUUCUAGCGUUGACUGAAGACUCUGUCUCGGAGAUCGAUGGGCUGCCCAACUGGGGGAAUUUGCACGCAGAAACUUUUGUCCACAAUAUUCCUACCUCUCAGAUCUUCCUCAAUCCUGUUGCUGCUGCUUCUGCUCCCGUCUCAAGGAAAGCAGAUCAUAUCGAAAGUGUUUCCCAUUGUGCUGCUAUAGCAACUGAGAGUCAAGGAGCGGAGAAUUUACUGCUUAGCGAAGCUAGUGCCGUAUCAAAAGUUCUCGAUGCUAAUCCAAAUCAUGCAAAAGUGUUACUGAAAGAAUUUCCUGCUGAACAAACUAGCCAUCGGGAAGACAUAAGCUCAGGAGCUGAAGCACAAUUAAAACCCUUUGUCUUAAACCAGGGAGAAAUAACCGAAUGUUCUCUAAAAGCACAGGGAUCGCAUAGGGACCAAGAGCACGUUAGAGCACCUGGACACGUUAGAGAAGCCAUCUCAAUACUCGAGUCUGCGAUUAUCCCGACAUCUUCGGAACCUCGAUCGUUUCAAAAUCAGCAUGAAAUAAACCACGCAAAAGUGAAUCUUGCCAGUAGCUUCAGUCCGCAUCGAGAAUGGAGGUUCAUAGAGAAACGUCUGCGAUCUUCCUCGGAAGGUACUGCUGGAAGUAGUCGGAUGAUCUUAAAACCAAAGGAUGGAAAUCCAGAAGAACUGAACAGUUUGCGAAAACAAAGAGCAGACUCCUCUUCAUCAAAAAUGAACAGUAUGGAUGUUUUGAAUAAUUUGGGCUCCUGUGACCUGGAUGAAGAUGACCUCAUGCUUGACUUGGAGUUUCUCGAAGACCAGCACCAUCACCGUUCUGUUUGCCGGGAAGAUUCACACCAGUCUAUAGUCUCUUGUGCUGCGGUGCUACUUACUCCUGUUGAACCAGUGGCUGAAGGGAAGAAAAAGGAACAGCCAAAAAUGCCUGAAAUGACCAAACAGAACCUUUCUCUCAAACUGUCAAAGGAUGUUGAUCGAGGAGAACCCCGCUGUCCUCGAGUCAACCAACUGGCCAGCAGCCCGUCUAUGGAGUGGCCUUUCCCAACGAUGGAAGAAGGUGCAGGGAUGGAAUCUCUGCCUUUCCGGCUGAUGAUGCAGGACUGUACGGCUGUGAAAACGCUGCUGCUGAAAAUGAAGAGAGUUCUUCAAGAGAGCACUGAUAUGAGUCCCGCCAGCAGCACCAAUUCACUUCCUGUUAGCCCACUUACUGAAGAACCACUGCCUUUCAAGGAUAUAAUGAAAGAUGAAUGCUCAGCACUGAUGCUGCAGCUGAAGGAGAGAGAUGAACUCAUUUCCCAACUCCGGGAAGAAUUGGAAAAAGCCCAACAUUUGCAGAGGACUCUUGCUACCAAAGUAGAUAAAUCCACCCAGACUGAACUUGUAGGGCAUGAUGCCCUGUGGAAUUCUUCCUGUACUGAAGGUUCAGUUUACAAACCAAUCAGCAUCUCAUUGGUACCAACACUAUUUAAUUAAAAUACUGAGAGAGACUUGGAUACAGACCCAUUUAGUUUUCUGGUUUUGCCUACACAAAGAAUCUGUCUUUGCCUCAAUGUUUAGCUGACUUCACAAUAUUUCUGUUGUCCCAGGACAGAAGGCCUUAUUUGGUAUCAGACAAAAAGAUUUCCAUUGUUCUUUGCUGCAUUAAUAAAUAUUUUAUUAAAUUAUUUCCAAUAAAUUAUUAUGAUGGGAUUAAACAUUACCAAAAUAAAAUAUAA